GAUAAUAGUGUCCAUGUGUGGGGUCUCAGUGGGUGGGAGUCUCGGAAGUGUAGAAUCACUGACAGAUGUGAAAUAGUCCAGAGUGUGAUAAAUAUAGAGAUCUGCUUCAUAUUACAUCUGGACAGUCCGGGUGUGAGACAGCCGGGAAGGGGGGCGAACGUGGAAGAGAGAACCUGUAUAUGAACACUCUAGAGAAGAGAUUUAGACCGUAAGAGAGGGAGUUGAUAGAAGCAACUACCUAGGAAACAUAAGAAAGUGAUAGCCAAGCACUGCCCUAAACUUCUACACCUGUCAUAGAGACCGCUUCCACUGGCAGAGAGGUCUGGGUUUAAAGAUUGAGACUGCUGAGAAAGCAAAAAGAUUCCUGGGAUAGUAAUAUAUCCCUGAAAAUAAGAUCGUCAGGAGGCACUAAGGAAAGGGGAGACAUCGGUCAAUACAGAAGGAGCUUGCCUUGAGGAUAUAAGAAAAGUCAGUUCAUUUUCUUCGAGUAUCUUCCGCCAUGGAUAUUAACUCUGUGAUUACGGAAAUAAGACGGCCUAAAUCUCAGAACGAUAGUCCAGGGAGCGCUAGACGUGGGACUGCUAAACCUUCAAAGAAAAAAGCCCCUGCUAAACGUGCUACUGUUUAUUUUGAGGUGGAGAUCCUGGAUGCCAAGACGCGGGAGAAGCUCUGCUUCCUGGACAAGGUGGAGCCCAAUGCUACUAUAGCAGAAAUCAAGAGCAUGUUCACCAAGUCCAAUCCUGAGUGGUAUCCUGCCCGGCAGUCUCUGCGUCUGGAUCCCAAGGGAAGGUCGCUGAAAGACGAGGACAUUCUGCAGAAUCUACCUGUGGGGACCACGGCCACCCUGUACUUCAGAGACCUGGGAGCACAGAUCAGCUGGGUCACUGUGUUCCUCACCGAGUACGCCGGGCCGCUGGUCAUCUACUUGCUUUUCUACUUCCGAGUCCCUUUUAUUUAUGGCCCCAAAUAUGACUUCAUCACAAGCCGACAUUCUGUGGUACACCUGGCCUGUAUCUGUCAUUCGUUUCACUAUAUUAAACGUCUCCUGGAAACUCUCUUUGUACAUCGCUUCUCUCAUGGCACCAUGCCGCUCAGGAAUAUUUUCAAGAACUGUAUGUAUUACUGGGGAUUUACGGCCUGGAUGGCUUACUACAUCAAUCACCCCCUGUAUACUCCCCCAGUGUUCGGAGACGACCAGGUGAAGUUAGCAGUUGCCAUAUUCUUGUUCUGUCAGUUGGGCAAUUUCUCCAUACACAUUGCUCUGAGGAACCUACGGCCAGCCGGGUCAAAGACACGGAAGAUUCCUUUCCCUACUCGUAACCCAUUCACAUGGCUCUUCCUUUUGGUGUCCUGCCCAAACUACACGUAUGAGGUUGGCUCUUGGUUUGGAUUUGCCAUCAUGACCCAGUGUCUUCCUGUCGCUCUAUUCUGCUUGGUUGGAUUCAUCCAAAUGACAAUUUGGGCCAAAGGAAAACAUCGCAGCUACUUGAAGGAGUUUAAGGACUACCCACCUCUCCGCUCGCCCAUCAUCCCCUUCAUCCUGUGAUCUCGGACCUCCUCCUUGCUGGUCGUUUACUGCCCUCAUAUCUCUGCUCUAGAACUCUAACCUCCCAUGUAUGCACUGAGCUGAAGGACCCUGCACUGAAGUCUGAAGCUGACACUACUGUCUCCUCAUGGACCGUCCCUGGAAGAAUCAGUCCCAUCUUAUUAUAAUUUUUUUUUUAAUUACUGUGAAGAGAUGGGCUGAAUUUUAUUAGAUAUAUUUGUCAGCAGGUUUUUGGUACUACAUAAUCAGAGGGAUGUUAUAAAGUAGAUCUGGAAAUUGACCAGA